UUGUUGUAAAAUGUCAACCUGUGUACAUGUUAGCAUAUCCAAUUCUUCACCAUAGUCAUUAUUCUAAUCGGGUAUGGCUUACAGUUCCGGUCGUUCGCGCAUACCCCUUCCCCGGGGACUGUGUUUCGUAAUAAGCACAAUAGUUGGUAUCUUCAUUUACACAAUAUAUAUGAAUAUCGAAUAUUUUCAACCAAUAUUGUUUCUGAAGCGCAACUACAUCCGGUUACAUGAUUCCACAUUACUCUCCGUGUUUUCUGCAGUGAUGCACAUUGAUGAUCAAACCCGAAUAACACUAAAUGUGUGGGACGGAUCGAGUAACAUGAACUACAAAUGCUGUAUUUUGACUUCAGAUGCACAGUUAGUUCAAGUUAAUGCAAAACCACUAAAUGCUCCAUAUGCUCCAUACGACGAAAACAUGUUAUCUGCUCGACAAUACAAAUGUUCAUUAUCGUCAAGUAAAAAUCAUGUGAUCUCUGUUGCUAUGAUAUCAGCUUCCAAGACAUGUGCAAUGACUAAACAAUUUACAAACGUUAUUUAUCCUUCAAGGCCAAGAGUGUCGAACAGAUUUGUUAUCUAUUCUGUGCUAACACGAGAGGUACGUCCUAUUCAGCUAGUUGAAUGGCUGGAAUAUUACAAAUCUGUAGGAGUGGAUAAGAUCUAUUUGGUUCUUCAGCUUCCAGAUGCUCAAAUAAUGACGGUGCUAUCACAUUAUCUAAAAAAUGGUUUUCUGGAGAUUCAUGAGUUUCCUUUCCCGUUACCUGGUAGAUCACAAGAUGAUGUCGAUCGUAAUUUUGCCAUACCGACCGAUGAUGCUGUCCGUCGUCAGCUAGACCAGGACAAGCUCGUAGCUAUAUUCCACUGCAUAGAAUAUCUACGUGGUUUCGGAUACGCGGCCUAUUUAGACGUUAAUGAAUUCAUAGUAACGAGCGAAUGGAGAAUGCUAAUUUACUUCCUUGAGGAGACGUUUGAACGGAACUUCCCAGACGCUGCUGGAGUGAACUUGAAGUAUGUAUACAUCGACCGGGAUCAGUCAAAUCUACAAGUUAAUAACAGGACUGAACAAAUUAAUUACAGGACCAUCCACGUCCCCGGGCGUAUUCAAAGAAUGAGCAGCAACAUAGUCAUACCACGGACAAAUUACGACGUGUACACCAUUCCAGAAGACAAAGGGGUUGUGUACCUUAUAAGACACUGCCGGGCAAUGUGGAUAUUCUGUAUCAAGAAUCAUUCGUCAUCUACAUUGAAGUUGUACCAUUCAAGGACCGAUUUAGAGCGAAAAUGCUUAGCUGUAGCAGCUAAAUUAUACCUUAAUGUACAUCAUCCCAAACUCAAAAUUUGAACGGUAAUUCAGAUUUGUAAGAGGAAACAUUUUAGGACUGUAAUCUUGAUGGUCUGCGAUUUUGUCAUAAGAUUCGUCGAUAACUUCGUCGUUGACGGUACUAUGAGAAAUAAAUGAAUUCGA